AUGGAGGGUCUUGUGAAAGACCUUCCAGACCGGCUGCUGUUCGCCGUACCCAAAAAGGGUCGUUUACAGCAAGCCACACUGGACCUCCUAUCCGGCAGUGACAUCCAAUUCCGCCGCGAGGCUCGUCUGGACAUUGCUCUCGUCAAAAACCACCCUAUGGCCCUAGUAUUUCUUCCGGCAGCGGACAUACCGACAUUUGUUGGCGAGGGCAAGGUGGACUUGGGCAUCACUGGACUCGACCAGGUGGCUGAGCAUGAUGCACAUCUACCACUGGGCCAACAGUCAGGCGUGGAGCAGAUCAUGGACCUUGGUUUUGGCAGGUGCAAAUUACAAGUACAAGUACCAGAGAACGGCAGUAUACAGGAAGUAAAGGAUCUCGUUGGGAAGAACAUCGCUACAUCAUUCACUGGUCUCGCAGAGGACUACUUCGCCCGUCUGGAAGGGAAGGGAUCACGAAAAGAAUCGGUCAACGGCACAAUGUCACCUGUGCCCAAACUCAAAACCAACAUCCGAUCUCUCGGAGGCAGUGUCGAGGCAGCCUGUGCGUUAGGUGUCGCCGAUGGCAUCGUGGACUUGGUCGAAUCCGGGGAGACGAUGCGCGCUGCCAAGUUGAAAGCAAUUGACACAGUCGUGGAGUCCUCCGCAGUACUGAUCAAGGCAAGGAAAGUGUCGGACCAAAGACUAGUCGAUGUCGUUGCAGCUCGAAUCCGUGGUGUAAUUACAGCUCAGCGAUAUGUGCUCUGUAUAUACAAUGCACCACGAGCGAAGAUGGACCAGAUGUCGAAGAUUACGCCCGGCAGGACCGCGCCGACUGUGCAAGCUCUGGAGCAGGAAGGUUGGGUUGCGAUAAGCGUGAUGGUGGAGAAGUCGAAGAUAGCGACCGUUAUGGACGACCUUGCGGCGGCUGGCGCCACAGAUAUCUUGGUGACGGCGAUCGCAAACUCAAGAGCGGCGGGCUCGUGA